ACGACCAGAGCCACUUCCGGUUUGUAGCUUCCGACAUGAUCGCGAGGACAUCAGAGCUCCUGCCAAGAGUCUGCUCACACAGUUAUAAAGGACCAGUGCGGUGAUAUUUUAUCAUUGUAGUUAAAAUCAUGAAUAUUCUCAGCAGCUCUAAGAAACUGGUGUCAUCGGUGUUUAGAAGAAGCGCUUUUGUGGAGCAAGCGCUUGUUUUCAGAAGCAUCGGUUCUGUCCCCAAAGCUCGUUGUCUCAACCUGUGUUGCGCUCAAAGAUUGAAAGAAAGUCUCCUGUCAUGCCGUCACGGGAACCGCGUGACGUCACUCACCCGACACCUCGCGGCUCAGAGACCGUGUUCGCCGCUGCGGGGGGGCGACGAGUGUUCAAACAGCAGCACUGACAUGUCCCAUGAGGAGGACAUGGACGGGGACAGCGGGACCCUCAGUCAAAGAGCCCCUGAAGCUUUCACUCUUGACGUGUUGGUGUCUCUACUGCGUCAGGAGAACGCAGUGGACAUCUGUGUGAUUAAAGUACCUGAGCAGAUCAAAUACACAGAGUAUUUCCUCGUUGUCAGCGGCGUCUCAACGAGACACAUCCGCGCAAUGGCCCUUUAUGCCCUCAAAGUGUCCAAAUUUCUAAAGAAAAGUGGAGCUCCGUCUGUCAAGAUUGAAGGGAAAGAUGCAGAGGACUGGAUGUGUAUUGACUUUGGAAAUAUGGUCGUUCAUUUCAUGCUACCAGAGACCAGAGACGUGUAUGAAUUGGAGAAACUCUGGACUCUCCGCAUGUAUGAUGAGCAGUUGAAGAGCAUGCCCACCGAGACGCUGCCAGAAGACUUCAUCUACGAUGCUGAAGACACAAAGUGACUAAUCAUCUGAGCGCUGCGCAGACUCAACUGCUUCCUUUCACUUCCUCCAUCAUCUCUUUUUGCGGUGUUUGAAAUGGAAAGGGUUUAAACGACAGUACUUUUGUAAGCACUUCUUCCCGUCAUAAUAAUUAACCUUUCUUUUCCCGUUAUUUAACCAUUCGAGGACGACAGGUGGUAUCUGUAUAGUAACGGUAUUUAUGUUCAACUGAUUCUUGACAUUGUGGUGGUUAAAAUUAAAUUCUUUUACAACCACCCUAAAUAUCUUUUGCAUGUUCUACAUGAAAGUUAAAAAAAAAAAAAAGGUUUUAUUGCAAUAGUGAAUUUGAAUUGUUUAUUAUAGGUACUAAGUACAAAGAGUGGACGCUCUUUUCUUCUUCUUUUUUUUCUUUUUUAAACCCAAUAUUCAAGAAACCACAAGAACUAAAAAGUUCUGCUGAAGCACAUCACUACACAUACUGGCUCACCUGCUGUACAAGAUUCCUUUUGGCUGUGCGGGGAGAGCAAAUGUAUUGUGAAGACAUUAUUUGUGGAGUUGCCAAAGGUGUAAGUGCUGAUGUGCAUUCACUUUCAUGUACGAAGAAGUUGCUCAGUGAAUCGGUAAUACGAGUGGGUCUAUUCGCACUCGGGCGACUCACAAAGCUUCUGCAGGCUAAAACUCUCUUCUGCAAAUCAUCAGCAUUUGGAGUUCUUGCCUAAAACAAUGUACUAAAUGAUUUGAUUAAAUUAUAAAACUGGAUUUUUCAAUUAUUCUUCUAUUGACAUGAGGAGGAAACGCACUGAUGAAUUAGUGCACACACAGCGGACACUAACAACUAUUCUACCUUUUCACCUCCUCAAGUGACCAUUCCGGCUCAUUUACUUGUUUUAAGUCACGCUGUGUGAGAACAUUAGCUAAAUGCAAAAUGUAAUGAGGCAUGAGCCACCAACACAGAGCCUGCUGGGACUUUGGGGUUAGAAUGUUUUUGUUCAUGGUGCAAAGAAUGACUCACGCGAAAAAGAUUCUCAAAUAGAGAUUUCAUAUUUACCUCCCAUACAAAAAUUUCUCAUCUAAAGCCAAUAAAAAUGUUUCAAACUUG